UUAUGGAAUUAUGAACAUGCAUGAUUAUGCAUUUACUUAGAUUGAAUUUUUGAACUAAAAACCAUUAACAUAUUUUUUGAAGCCUUCAGUGAUUUUAUUCUUACAGGCUAGUAAUCACCACUGAUAUCAAAAUGGAUGACCAGGUCUGUCCAAGAUGCAAAACGACCAAAUAUCGCAAUCCUUCUCUGAAACUGAUGGUAAACUCGUGCGGCCAUGCUCUAUGUGAAAGUUGUGUGGAUCUCCUGUUCUUGAAAGGUUCUGGAAGCUGUCCUGAAUGUAACAUACCUCUCAAGCGGAGCAACUUCCGAAUCCAAUUAUUUGAAGAUUCAGGAGUCGAAAAAGAGGUAGAAAUACGCAAACGAGUUCUCAGAGACUACAACAAAAAGGAAGAUGAUUUUGCUACACUCAGAGAAUAUAACGACUACCUCGAGGAGAUCGAAACUAUAAUUUAUAAUCUAGUCAACAACCAGAAUGUGCAGGAAAUGAACCGAAAGAUAGAUCAAUACAAAAAAGACAAUAGGGAUAUCAUAUUGAAAAAUAAAAUAAAAAUAGGCAAAGAAGAGUUGGAGCUGGAAGAACUGCUUGAGGAAGAGAAACAUGUCGACGAGCUGAGGAAAAGAGAACUCAUCAAAGAGGAGCAGGAACUGAAGAAGAAGAAAAUCAAAGAGAAGGAAGCUUUGAUUGACGAAUUAAUGUUUUCAAACGCCGAUGCCAAACACAUUCUUAGUACUUUCGCUCAAAACAGUCUCGCUGCAAAAGAAGACGAGAAUAAACCUCAGUUGCCCAAAGCUAGUCAAUUCUCCACAGGUAUUAAGUUUAGUAGACACAAUACCGGGUACGCGCCUAUUCCUCGGAUGGAAGAAGCACCUCCGUACGUGUACACUCCCCUCAAAUUGACCAUUGAGGGACCGAGUUUACCUUUGUGGAGUGAUUUAGAAUCAGGUUUUAUCGACAACACGCGUGCAGAAACUUUAGACCAGCGAGCCGGGGGGUUCACAGCCAAGUACGCUUGUAUGCGAGCGCUGCAAGACUCACUGGAUGGUCUUUUCCUCACACCGAACAGACCAGAUAACGCUACAUAGUAGGAGGUGAAUAUUGUGGAGAGUGACUCAAUUGUGGAUCUUGUGGAGUGAACGGUUUACUGUUCGCACUUACCACGAGAACGAGGAAAGGAUGAUAGAUUCAAAACUUGGACAUUCUGUUUCAUACUUGUAAUUUGCUGCCAAGUUGAAGACAGCCCGUCAAAGUCGGUUUUGAAGUGAUCAUAAAAACUGUCAAUCAUUUUCAUUGAUGUUUUUCCCAUGUGGUUAAAUGAUUGUCGAUUAUUGAAUUAGUACAAGAUGGAAUAUAUCUAAUGAUUACAACUUUUAAUUUCAUUGUUUUUAAUUUACAUGAAAGUUUUGGAUCAUAAAAGUAAUAUUAUUUACAGUAAUUGUGGUGUUUAUAUUUACAACUGUUUUAGGUCUACCAAUUUCUUUUUUGUUAUUUUGGGUUUUUAUGAUUUACGUUGAUAUUCUUGUUUUAUACUCACAACUCAUCAGUUAUGUUAUUUGUAAACAGUUAUCGAAGUUGAUAAUUCAAUGUCAAAGACAAGUUUGAUUUAGGAUUUUACAGUGUAUAUUAAGUCAUGUAAAUACCUUUGUUAGAAUCUUGUUCAAUAUAAAAUAUUGUAUUUUAUUUUGUAAAUACUUUUCAUCAAGUAUGUUAUAGAAAUGUAUUACAUUUUUUUUCAAAUAUUCCACUCUUUUUUCUUUUACAACUAAAUUAUGACUUGGUUUAAAUUAGUCUCUGUAUUUUGCCAAUCUUUACUAUUCAUUCAUAUAUUUUAACUUUUUGAUU